UUUGAGAUACUGUUUUCCCUCGCUAUCUGCCUUGGUCUCCUGCCACAGGUUCCUUUUCAGUAGCAGAAAUGGCAGACUGAGCACUGUGCCCAUGUCUCACGUGCUCCAAUGCCAAAGCUGUUGUACUGGUGCAAAACCACUCUACGCUUCUGGUAGAUGCUGGACUGUGGAUGGAAGUAGCUAAAGCGUGGUCAUGAUCUGGCAGCAAGUAGGAAAAGCACUGGAAUCAUUGAGAUGUUCUAUGGUCGCAGAUGAGUUUGCUAGAAGACAUCUGUAAGAACCCCUAAAUUCUGCUGCAUUAGAAAUUACAGUUAACUUGCUGGGGAGCACUUUUGGUAGGAGAGUAGAGCUUCUGUACGCCUAAGAAAGAUGGUUUCUGCUGUAUGGAGUAUCCAGGUUAGAGAAAACAAAUAUAAAGAGAGGAAUAUUAUUCUUGAGUACUCCUUGAAGAAGUUUGGAAUUGGUAAAGUGGAUUAUUGAAGAAGGCUGAGUGUUCAGAUGUGUUACACCUCCUAUUGACUUCACAGCAAUCAGAGUAUUACCUGUAUGUUGGUAAUUGGCAGUGACAAAGACAACUUGAAGGACAGCAGUUCCGAGCUGUAUAGUUGUGUGAACUUGUUAGAAACAUAGGAUUGUUUUAGCCAUCAUCUGUGACAAAUGUGUGUAAUUGCUUUUUGAUGUUGUCUUAACCUUUGCGUGCACUUCUAGUGGCAACUGAAGAGGUUAGUUUUGUGUACUUCAUUAAAAACAGGUUUCUUUGCUAUGUUUGUUGUGAUUUGUUCUUUCAGUAGUCAUUUAGGUUUAUCUACAAAAUAAUAACUAGAGAAUGGCUGACUCACUGACCUUCCAGUUUUCAGGCUGUGUUAAAGAGGACCCAGAAGGAAACUGGAAAACAGGCAUGCAUACAUACAUCCUUCUCCCCAACCCUGGAGAGACACUUGCUUGUAUAAUUAUUUGUAAAUGUUCUAGUGGAGUAGCAGUUGAUUUUUGGUGGGGCAUAGCUUUGGUUUUCUCUCUUUCCCCUUCUUAAUUACUUAGCUUUGAGUGGGACAUUAUCUUUCUGAUGUCUCCCUGCAGCUGAAAUCAGACAGUGUGCAGAGCCAUUAAGACAAGGAAAAUUGCUGUUAUUGUUAAAUCUCCGCCACUAUAUGCUUCUUCAUUUACUGGCCUUCAUCAUAGGCUUAUGUUGAACUUGGUUCUUUGUUUUUGCUUAUUGCUUGUUGUGUUCGUGCAACUGACUUUUUUUAACUUAAAUUUUAGUAAGGUACAGAUGGUAGACUUCCUAUUUAGAAAAAAACAGGAAGCAUGUUUGCCAGUCACCUCUCAGAUUUUAAUAUUAAGUCAGAAUUUAAUGCUGUACAUUAAUACUUUUUUAAUAGUUAUUUGCAUUUUUCUUAAAUGGAUAUUUAAAACACACAUAACGACUGUUAUGUUUUGAAACUCACGCUUUUGUCGUGUAAAGACGUUGGCUGAGGAGUCCUUGUACAUGUUCAUACAAAUGAUGGCAUUAUCUAGGAAUGGAUUAUCUUUUCCCCAGUUGCGUCCUCAUGCCAGCUGUGUCAUUGUAUUGUAGUGAAUACUUGUGAUUAUCUCUAGCGAUAAAUUUGUAACUUGGUGCCUGACCUAGAGCUGAGAGCUCCAUGCCCAUCUUUCUUGGAAUGUCGGUAAUGGAUUGUCAGCUGUCUUUAUUAUGAGGUUUCAAGGCUUUGGUAUUAAUGAAGAGGCUUUUUUUUAAAUACAGAGACAGAAGCUUUGGCUGCAGAUCAAUGAAUAAACAAAGAGUUAUUGUAUUCAGUAGCUCUAGGAGUUUGAGGGCAAGCCUACUUGAGAGUGUUGAGUUCAUGUUGUUUUGUUAUAGGCGCAAAUGAUGUAGCAUUAGUUGUUGGGAUGCGCUGUGGCUUAUAGUCCAUUUAAAUUGCAGCAUUUGCUGUUGUCAGCCAAACCAUUUCAGUCUUUUUUGUUUAAACAAAAAAAGCACACUUUCACUUGAAGAGUAGUUAUAUCUCAUGUGAAUACUCUUGUCUUGUAGUGAAUUGCCCUGUUUGCCUUGUGUAAGAGCUCUACCAUCACAUCUGAAUCCCACUGUGAACUUCAUAAAGUGUCUUCCGCUCCUCCCUGCCUCAAGAUUUCAGUGGUGGGGUUCUUUGCAGCAUCUUUAAAUGGAAAAGUCAUAUUUUGGGACUGUGACUGGUGGUGUUCAUAUUCAUAAAUGUCUUUCAGAUAAAGAUUUUGGUGUUAGAAAUGGAGCAUUCAUGAAUAACUUACUAGUAUAUAUAUAUAAUGCAUAUGUAACAUCAGUAAUGUCCUAAAAGGAGGAGCUGAUACAACUUAGUCACACUGCUGCUCAAGUUACUCCAGUGCGCGCCCUGCGUCAGAUCCAAGCAGAGACAAGGUACCUGGAAAAACACUGGUUAAAUGAUGAGAGAAGACGGUAGUGGGUUUUUUUCUCUCACUUUAGAAAAUGUAAAAUUGAAUCUCAGGUACUUCAGGGUGAGGUGAUUUAUUUGUUUUGACUAGGAGGAGAGCAGAAGUGGUGGUGAUACUUAGUUUACAAGUGGGUGUAGAAUAUUAAUUUUUCCACUUCUGCUUAUGGCAGGAAUGCCGAAUUUUAAGUGUUCUUUUACACAAAACAUUGAAAAAAAGAGCAGGUAACAGAAAGAGGUUCUCAGUUACUAUUUGUAGGCAGCGUAGGCUUUUCUGUGUCCUGCCUUAAUGGUUAGGCUGUCAGUCUAAAGACCAGGAAUGAAACCUUGGCCCUAUUGAAAUCAUUAGCAAACCUUCUGUUGGGUGUUUGAAUGUGCUCACAAGGCACAUAAUAGGCAAGAACUCUUAUGAAAUGCUCUGUUCUUACAAAGCCUGAUAGUACAUGUGCAAAUGAAUCGAAUACUGACACAAGAUAGCACUAUAAUAAAGGGGUUAUAAAUUAUAAUAUUAUUGUGGACUGAAGCAAGGAACAAGACUGAGGUAUUUUGAGGAACUGCAGAUCUAUGCAAAGUUUAAAUGAAAUGUGGCAAGUUGAAGAGGAGGUGCAGAAUCAGAAGCAAAAGGCAGAAUUCAUUCAGGCUUGCCUGGCAGAAUAUGGCAGUAAAAAAUAGCAUGAGCAAACACUAGCUAAAUUGGUAAAGGGUAAUGUGUAUAUUGGGAGUAAAAUAGCACUAGAGAAAAAUUGGACCCUUCUGUAAAGGAGGAGGGGAAAGGAAACAAAUGGAUAUUGAUGACUGCAAUGGCACUAAAAUAAAAUUUUAAAAGUAAUUAAAACUUUGCAGUACAGCGUGUAAUAAAAUUAAGUAAAGGCAUAGAGGAUGUGAGAAUACACACAUCAUCCAUCCAUGGUCAUACAUGCCCACUUCUAAAACAUUCUUCAUGUUUUAGAAGAAUGUAAUAAAGUUACAGCAAUGCUGUCGUUUUCGGUAAAUGCUAGAGAGCAGAUGUGGAGUGUUUGGUGGUUGAUCCCUACAUCAUCAAGAGGUUAAUACUCAUCCUGUCAUUCAAAACUUGUCUUUGAAAACUGUUGGAGCUGAUGUAAAAGAAAAUACUUGAAUUUAAUAAAUGUUAAAGGAACCUUCAAGUAAGAUUAUAAUAUGUAUUUAGCAACUAACAACUCCUCCUAACUUUUCAAAAUGUCAUGGGUGAAAGAAACUCUUGUUACAAAAAUGAAGUUCAAAAAGAAUAAACUGUACAUGUGUUGAAGUUGGAAAAAGUUCUAAUUAAAUUUUUACCUCCACUGUGUGGGGCACAGUGCUUGAUGAGCAGCUGUGUAUGGCUCCAGGUCUUUCUCACCAUACGCUGUUCUGAAAACAAAACUUGUUCUUUUCUUAGAGUUUUCGAUGGUAUUGAUCACAGUCAUAUUAAAUUCUAAAAUCACUCUCUUAAGUGAAGAGGUUUUUUUCCUUUUUACAGGUGGGAAACUGAGGCAUUCAUUGCUGUAGGAAGUUUGAGUGGCCUCUUCAUGAUGGAUGUAGGUUAAAUUUUCUGAGACAUGGAGCUUCUGAAACACCUUCAAAGCACAUCUCUCAUCAAAUUCAACAGUAGUUGCAGUUGUAGAUACACAGUAUAAGCUGCAGUUUAAAUCCCAUGAUUUCAAGUCAGGAAAUGAGGGAUGCAUUAAAUCAGUAAAUCGUGAAACUUUAUAGUGAAAAACUGUGGCAGAUGCAGGGGUAAACUCCAGUUCCACCUGAGCAGCAUACAGCUACCGUAAUGGUAGAACCAUCUUCUGCUGCAUUCACUACUCAUAGGGUAAGUGAAGUAUUCAGUCCUCUGGCACACAGCAGCUCCUUCACUCCACUGCUGUUGGCUGAUCCCCUACAGCAGGCCCAUCCACUGCCUGUCAGGACAAAAGCAUAACUAUGUAUUUGAUGACUGAUACGGUUGUAUCUGUGGAGACUCAUUUACUAUUGCAAGGGCAAACUUAAUUCCAACUGCUCUUAACUUCUGCAAUGGUAAUAUUUGUUAAACCAGGGGAAGAGCUAGCUAUUUGGUUUUGUUUUGCCUUGCAGAAAUAUGUUGUCAGCCACUGAGUUUCUGGUAGAUGUCUUCACCUUUAGCUGCGCUGCACAGAUGGUUGGGGUCUAAUCUAAAGGGAGUAAGGAAUAUCAGUGGUGAAUUGCCACCCUCUAUAGGGACUGGCUAGUGCAUGGGAUGAGACGUAUUCCCUCACUGGAUGUCUUCUCCAACUGUAAAGAUGAUCAGAGGACUCUACUGUUUUGUUCUUUCCCCAAGACCUUGGAGGGAGGAGGGAAUAGGCACCACUGACAGCUACAGUGGGUCUCCCUGGGUUGUCCCAGUAGUUUGCCUAGAGAUGUUUACCGCUCUGUGUCUAGCCCUCUCAUAUUUGGUAUCUCCAGUCCUUGAUCCUGAUGCCUGACUUGGAGUGUCCACGGUAAGAUUGGGGUAUGCCUGUACCCAGUGACCGCAGCCGCCUUGGUUUCAGAGUUGUGUGGGUCACUUACAGCCUCUGGUGACUUGAUUUACAUCAGUGUCUCAGGCUCUUUAUCUCUCCACCUCUCUGAAGUGGAGGGAUGUCACCUGAGGGGAAGAGGAGCAGCUGACCUGGAGAGGACAAGGAGAAGCCAGGGGACAGCAGGCUGGUGAGGAGAAGGGAAGGAAGGAUAAAGUGGCAGUGAGGCUCACUCUCCUAAUACACACAAUAAAAACCCUCCACUGCUUGGAGGUCACUAGUCCAGAGGACAGAGACUCUUCAGCCUCUAUCCAUGUCACCUCCUGACCUUGUUUCCUCCUCUUUCUUUCAACUCUUCAUGCCUCACUUCUGCCUCUGAUGCUUUUUUUAACCCAUUGUCCCUCUUUUCUUUGUCCGGCAAAUUUGCGGCUGCCUCUGUACACCUUGUAACUCCCCUCAUGAAGUUUCGCUGUGCUGCUCUUCCUCCCCUGCUCCUCAUGGCCUGGUGACAUUCGGGUGCUCUCACGUCGCCUGCCUAAACAUCCAAUGUCACCCUGGCAAAUUAAAAUUCUCUGCCCCUGUGGCAUUCAAGAGGUAUUUUGAAGUGUUUUAUGUAAGAACGUAAACGAUGUAUUUUUCUGUGACCUCAUUCGAGGACAUAGCUGAACUGUUUCUGCUGAAUUUUCCAGAGAAUUUCAGCCUCAGGCAUACAUAUGGCCUGGAAAAUUUCAGCCUAAAUGCUUGAAGUUUGGCAAAGUUUAUAUGCACCUGAAAGUAGUCUUAAUAAUGGAAAGUGUCAGACUGUUUUAGCUGUGUAGUUAUCUGCAUUGUUUAUAAUUAAAGUACUGGAUGUGCAACAGGAAAUACUACCCUCAAAAUUAGUUAGAAUCGAACUUGAGUAAAUGUUACUGGAGUUGAGACCUGGAAAUAAUACCCUGAAAUGGAAGAUGAUGACAAUGGGCAGUGCUGUUUGGCUUCACGAGAAUCUUGUGAAAGAAAGUCAAGACUUCCUUUGAACAAGGAUUUAUAUUUGGGAAGAUAAAUAUGACAGGUGAUGCACAGAAUUAACAUUAAAACACAGAAAUAAACAUAGAUGAAGUAUCUUGGUCUAUAGGAGGAAAUUGAAGUUGUCCCUUGGGACCCUCUAAAAAGGAAUCUCUAGUCCAUCAGCUAAACCUUUGUGUUUGUGUUGCUUUUAGUUAAAAGUGUGGUGAGAGUGCAUGAUUGCCUAAAGAAAAAAAAAAAGAAAGAAAAGAAAAAUGAGAGCAUUUUUACGGGUCAUGUAGCCUGAAGUGGUUGGGGAACCAUUGAUUUUGAAAAGUAUGAAAUAUAAAUAGUAAAUUAGCCAGGGACAUUUAGUGGUGGAAAAAUAGAAACUUCUGAUUUGGCCACAGAGCAGCGAAAUAAUAAAGGGAAAAUUGCUGAGUAAUACUCACCCAAAAUUAGAAAUGAAUGUGCAAUUUGCUAUGGUGGCAAAAAAGGGCAGUCCUCUUCCAAAGUGAAUGGAAGUGUUGUGUGAGGAGGAGGCGGUUAUCAUUUUACCUCCUCAUAUGUAGUGUGUCCACGUUUGGAAUAUUUUAUUUGGCUUAGGUGACUUUCCUGGCAAAUCAGUGUUGGUAAGGGUGUGGAGAGACAGCGAAAAAAGUGGGAAGGUUUGAGUUCUUUACUUGCAGGAGGGAAAGAGUAAGAACAACAUGCAAUAGCUCGUUAGGCAGCAACUACUUUGGAGAGCAUAUACUUUGUGUGUAAAAAAAAGCCGCAGUGUGUUGUUAGUACAAACAGCAAUAAUGAGAAGAAACGGGGAUGGGAGGGAGGAAAUGUAAUUCAUUGUCAUAAUAAGUAUUGCAUCAGAAUCUAAUAGCUAGAAAGGACUUGUAGAGGCUGUGUUGCAUAGGGUGCUUUAAAAUUAAACUGGUCACAGUACGGUGUAGGAAAACAUGUACAAAAUGUGCUACGGGAAAGAAUCCUGCUCCUGGCGGGGGGGUGUGGGCUGGCUGGGUGAAUUAAUAGAUCUUUUUAUUGGGAGGAGGAGGGGGUGUGGGAUAUGUCUCCUUCAGGAAGAUGAGAUUGUGAUAGUUGUUUGUUUUUUUAAAAGCUCCCCCUUCUCCCCUUUCUUCCCUGGAUAUAACUGACACUCAGGAAUUAAAAACUGGGUAUCAUAUUAACAAUACAGUGCUGCGCUUGACAAAGUAUGGUUUUUUUUUCUGGUUCAGUUAGUCCUCAGUAAUAAAACAUGAGAGUAAUACCACACAAUGGUUGACACCUGUCCUGAAACUGUUACAGUGCUUGGGCAGCCCAAUGGAUCCAAUGGUCAUGAAGAGACCCCAGUUGUACGGCAUGGGCAAUAACCCCCACUCUCAGGCGCAGCAGAGCAGCCCCUACCCCGGGCAGUCCUACGGCCCUCCCGGCCCCCAGCGCUAUCCCGUGGGAAUGCAGGGCCGGGCUGCGGCAGCCAUGGGAGGAAUGCAGUAUCCACAGCAACAGAUACCGCCUCAGUAUGGUCAGCAAGGUGUAAGUGGCUACUGCCAGCAGGGCCAACAGCCCUACUACAACCAGCAGCCGCAGCCUCAGCAUCUGCCACCCCAGGCACAAUAUCUGUCACAGGCCCAGCAGAGGUACCAGGCUCAGCAGGACAUGUCUCAGGAAGGCUAUGGAACCAGAUCUCAACCCCCUAUGGCCCCAGGAAAGCCCAACCAUGAAGACUUGAAUCUAAUCCAGCAAGAAAGACCAUCGAGCUUACCAGUUGAAGUCUUGGCCCCUGAGGAUGCUACAUUUGGACACAAGGAUUUAUCUGGAUCCAUUGAUGACUUGCCGACUGGAACCGAAGCAACCCUGAGCUCAGCCGUUAGCGCGUCAGGCUCUACAAGCAGCCAAGGGGAGCAGAGCAACCCUGCACAGUCUCCGUUCUCCCCUCAUGCUUCUCCACAUCUCUCUGGCAUCCCAGGGGGCCCAUCGCCUUCCCCUGUAGGCUCGCCUGUUGGAAGCAACCAGUCGAGAUCUGGUCCCAUUUCUCCAGCAAGUAUUCCAGGCAGUCAGAUGCCACCGCAGCCUCCUGGCAGCCAGUCAGAAUCCAGCUCCCACCCUGCCUUGAGCCAGUCACCAAUGCCACAGGACCGAGGUUUUAUGGCAGGCAUUCAGAGGAACCCCCAAAUGUCACAGUAUGGACCUCAGCAAACUGGACCUUCCAUGUCACCACACCCAUCACCUGGAGGCCAAGUGCAUCCUGGAAUCGGUAGCUUUCAGCAGAGUAAUUCAAGUGGUACUUAUGGGCCUCAGAUGAGCCAGUAUGGACCACAAGGAAACUACUCCAGAGCACCAACAUACAGCGGCGUGCCCAACACAAGUUACAGUGGCCCAGGACCCGGCAUGAGUAUAAAUGCCAACAGUCAGAUGCAUGGACAGGGGCCAAGCCAGCCUUGUGGUACCAUGCCCCUGGGACGGAUGCCAUCAGCUGGGAUGCAGAGCAGACCAUUUCCUGGAAACAUGAGCAGUAUGACCCCCAAUUCUCCUGGCAUGUCUCAGCAGGGAGGCCCUGGGAUGGGCCCACCCAUGCCAACUGUGAACCGUAAGGCACAGGAGGCGGCUGCUGCAGUGAUGCAGGCUGCUGCAAACUCCGCUCAGAGCAGGCAAGGCAAUUUUCCUGCCAUGAAUCAGAGCGGUAUUAUGGGAUCCAGCUCACCCUACACUCAGCCCAUGAACAACAGCUCUGGCUUGAUGAACCCGCAGGCUCCACCCUACAGCAUGGCACCUAACAUGGUGAACAGUUCAACAGCACCUAUGGGUCUUGCAGAUAUGAUGACACCUGGUGAGUCCAAACUACCCCUUCCUCUCAAAGCAGACGGCAAAGAAGAAGGACCCCCCCAACCCGAGAGCAAGUCAAAGGAUAGCUACAGCUCUCAGGGUAUUUCUCAGCCCCCAACCCCAGGCAACCUGCCAGUCCCUUCCCCAAUGUCCCCAAGCUCUGCUAGCAUCUCCUCAUUUCAUGGAGAUGAAAGUGAUAGCAUUAGCAGCCCAGGCUGGCCAAAGACUCCAUCAAGCCCUAAAUCAAGUUCCUCUACCACAACUGGAGAGAAGAUCACUAAAGUCUAUGAGCUGGGAAAUGAGCCGGAGCGCAAGAUGUGGGUAGAUCGGUACCUCACCUUCAUGGAGGAGAGGGGCACGCCUGUGGCCAGCCUGCCAGCCGUGGGCAAGAAGCCCCUGGACCUGUUCAGGCUCUACGUCUGCGUCAAAGAGAUUGGAGGUUUAGCACAGGUUAAUAAAAACAAGAAGUGGCGUGAGCUGGCAACCACCUUGAACGUCGGCACUUCGAGCAGCGCAGCCAGCUCCCUGAAAAAACAAUACAUUCAGUACCUGUUUGCCUUCGAGUGCAAGAUUGAGCGAGGGGAGGAGCCCCCUCCAGAAGUCUUCAGCACUGGAGAUACUAAAAAACAACCUAAGAUUCAGCCGCCAUCUCCUGCAAAUUCUGGUUCCUUGCAAGGCCCACAGACUCCACAGUCUACUGGUAGUAAUUCCAUGACAGAAGUGCCAGGCGAUUUGAAGCCCCCAACACCAGCAUCAACACCUCAUGGACAGAUGACACCUAUGCAGGGUGGCAGAAACAGCGCAGUCAGUGUGCAUGAUCCCUUUUCUGAUGUAAGUGAUUCAGCAUUCCCAAAGCGAAACUCCAUGACGCCAAAUGCACCAUACCAGCAGGGAAUAAACAUGCCAGAUAUGAUGGGAAGGAUGCCAUAUGAGCCGAAUAAAGAUCCUUUCGGUGGAAUGAGAAAAGUGCCUGGAAGCAAUGAGCCUUUCAUGACCCCUGGACAAAUGCCUAACAGUGGAAUACAAGAUAUGUAUAACCAGAGUCCAUCUGGAGCAAUGUCCAACAUGAGCAUGAGCCAGCGACAGCAGUUCUCUUAUGGAAGUGGCUAUGACAGGAGGCAUGAACCAUAUGGGCAGCAGUAUCCAGGACAAGGACCUCCCUCAGGACAGCCACCAUAUGGAGGACAUCAACCUGGAAUGUAUCCACAGCAGCAGAACUACAAGCGACACAUGGAUGGCAUGUAUGGGCCUCCAGCCAAGCGCCAUGAAGGGGAUAUGUAUAACAUGCAGUAUGGCAACCAGCAACAGGAAAUGUAUAACCAGUACAGCAACGCUUACACGGGGCCUGACAGGAGGCCCAUGCAGGGACAGUAUCCGUAUCCAUAUAACAGGGAGAGGAUGCAGGGCCCAGGACAAAUGCAGCAGCAUGGAAUACCUCCCCAGAUGAUUGGUGGCCCCAUGCAGUCAUCAUCCUCCAGCGAAGGUCCUCAGCAGAACAUGUGGCCAACACGAAAUGAUAUGCCUUACCCUUACCAGAAUAGGCAAGGUCCAGGAGGCCCUGCACAGGCCCCACCAUAUCCAGGGAUGAAUCGCACUGAUGAUAUGAUGGUACCUGACCAGAGGAUAAACCACGAGAGUCAGUGGCCUUCUCAUGUCAACCAACGUCAGCCUUCUUAUAUGUCAUCCUCAGCCUCCAUGCAGCCUAUCACUAGACCUCCUCAGUCAUCCUACCAGACGCCACCCUCUAUGCCAAACCACAUCUCUAGAGCUCCAAGUCCAGCAUCCUUCCAGCGCUCUUUGGAAAACCGUAUGUCUCCAAGCAAGUCUCCUUUUCUACCCUCCAUGAAGAUGCAAAAGGUUAUACCCACAGUUCCAGUGUCACAGGUCACAGGACCUCCACCCCAGCCACCACCAAUAAGGCGAGAAAUUACCUUCCCUCCAGGCUCUGUAGAAGCAUCCCAACCAGUCUUAAAACCAAGACGAAAGAUUACCUCAAAAGAUAUUGUAACUCCUGAGGCCUGGAGAGUGAUGAUGUCUCUUAAAUCUGGUCUUUUGGCCGAAAGUACCUGGGCGCUAGACACUAUUAAUAUUCUUCUGUAUGAUGACAGCACUGUUGCUACUUUCAACCUCUCUCAGUUGUCUGGAUUUCUUGAGCUUUUAGUAGAAUAUUUUAGAAAAUGCCUGAUUGACAUUUUUGGAAUCCUUAUGGAAUAUGAAGUGGGAGAUCCAGGUCACAAAGCACUUGAUCACAAAGCAGCCAAGAAGGAUGAUAGCCAGUCCUUGGCAGAGGAUACUGGAAAAGAGGAGAACGACGAAUGUAUUGACUAUUUUGAUGAAGAUGAGGAGGAAGGGGAGGAUGAAAAGGUAGAAGGGGAAGAAAAGAGCAUUGUUUUUUCCACUCCUGGUGCCAUUGCUGAUCCAAGUGAGAGGCCAAAACAAGCCAGUAAAUUCGACAAGCUGCCAAUAAAGAUUGUAAAGAAAAAUAAUCUAUUUGUUGUUGACCGAUCUGACAAACUUGGACGUGUUCAGGAAUUUGAUAGUGGACUUCUCCACUGGCAGCUUGGUGGUGGGGACACAACUGAGCAUAUCCAGACUCACUUUGAAAGCAAGAUGGAGAUUCCUCCGCGCAGGAAAGCCCCUCCUCCCUUGAACUCUCCAAGCAAAAAGAAGGACCUAGAGGGGAAAGGUGAAUCUGAGGAACAACAAGAAAAAAGUAUAACAGCCACCAUUGACGACGUCCUCUCAGCUCGGCCAGGAGCAUUGCCUGAAGACUCAAAUUCUGGUUCCCAAACAGAAAGCAGUAAAUUUCCCUUUGGGAUCCAUCAAGCCAAAAGUCAUCGGAAUAUUAAACUGCUAGAGGAUGAGCCAAGGAGCCGGGAUGAGACUCCUCUAUGCACCAUAACUCACUGGCAGGACUCCUUGGCCAAACGCUGCAUCUGUGUGUCAAAUAUCGUCCGUAGCUUGUCUUUUGUGCCUGGCAAUGACACCGAAAUGUCCAAACAUCCAGGCUUGGUGCUGAUCCUGGGAAAGUUGAUCCUUCUUCACCAUGAGCAUCCAGAAAGAAAGCGAGCACCGCAGACUUACGAGAAAGAGGAAGAGGAGGACAAAGGGGUGGCCUGCAGCAAGGAUGAGUGGUGGUGGGACUGCCUCGAGGUCUUGAGGGAUAAUACAUUGGUCACAUUAGCCAACAUUUCUGGGCAGCUAGACUUGUCUGCUUACACAGAAAGCAUCUGUUUGCCAAUUUUGGAUGGCUUGCUGCACUGGAUGGUGUGCCCGUCUGCAGAGGCACAGGAUCCUUUUCCAACCGUGGGGCCCAACUCAGUUCUUUCGCCUCAGAGACUUGUGCUGGAGACCCUGUGUAAGCUCAGUAUCCAGGACAAUAAUGUGGACCUUAUCUUGGCCACCCCCCCAUUCAGUCGUCAGGAGAAACUCUACGCUACUUUAGUUAGGUACGUUGGGGACCGCAAAAACCCGGUCUGCCGAGAAAUGUCCAUGGCGCUCUUAUCGAACCUUGCCCAGGGGGACACAUUAGCAGCAAGGGCAAUAGCUGUGCAGAAGGGAAGCAUCGGAAACUUGAUAAGCUUCCUGGAGGAUGGGGUCACUAUGGCCCAGUACCAGCAGAGCCAGCAUAACCUCAUGCACAUGCAGCCUCCACCUCUGGAGCCACCUAGCGUAGACAUGAUGUGCAGGGCAGCCAAGGCCUUGCUGGCUAUGGCUAGAGUGGACGAGAACCGCUCAGAGUUCCUUUUGCACGAGGGUCGUUUGCUGGAUAUCUCAAUAUCUGCUGUCCUGAACUCUCUGGUUGCAUCUGUCAUCUGUGAUGUACUUUUUCAGAUUGGGCAGUUAUGACAUAAGUGAGAAGCCAAGCAUGUGUGAGUGGAGAUUAGAGGGUCACAUAUAACUGGCUGUUUUCUGUUCUUGUUUAUCCAACGUAGGAAGAAGGAAAAAAAAGAAUCUUUGCUCCUCUGCCCCAUUCACUAUUUACCAAUUGGGAAUUAAAGAAAUUAUUAAUUUGAACAGUUAUGAAAUUAAUAUUUGCUGUCUAUGUGUAUAAGUACAUCUUUUUAUUUUAUUUUUUUUUAACCAAAGUUGCUGUCUAGUACAUUCAAAGGUCACACUUUUUUUUUUUUCCAUAGAUUAUCCUUUUCAAUGUUCUUUUCCAUGUUUGUAUUGCAUAUUUUUUGGGAAGCGAACUAGUGACUUUUUAAAAAAAAUGUUAUGGCAAACCAUUGUAUGAUGGAAAAAAAAAUCUCACCACUUUGAAACAAAAAGGUGAAAAAUAACCAACGUACCAAGUUCCUGUGUGUUUUAUUUUUUCAAAUAAGGAAAAAAUAAAAAAAAACUUGUAUACCAUCACCCAAAGCUCUGUGCAAUAGAAGAUUCUAGUGAUGUAGGUGUAGGGGAUCAAGGAGGGUGUCAGUCAGUAGUCAGAAUACAAAACGAUACUGGUUUCUCCUCAGGAGAAAUGGUUACAUUAGGCUAGGAGCAAAACAAAACAAAAAAAGUCAAGUGAAAAGAUUUUUCAGCAAAACCUGAUGAUAAACAUCAAUUGCUUCCUCACCAGAACUGUCUUGUCUACAUCUGUUUUUUUGACCUUCCACAAUGACAGUUCUUCACAAUUCCUUUAAUCAUUUUUUAAAAUAUUUUUUUAUUGCCUACGGGCCGUGAUGUAUAUAGAAGUUGUACAUUAAACAUACCCUCUUUUUUUUUUUUUUUUUUUUUAGUACAAAGUUUUUAGUUUCUUUUUCAUGAUGUGGUAUCUACAACGUGAUGGUAGAAUUAUUUUUCCUUUCAUUUGGGCCAUAUCUCCAAAAAACAAUUAAAAAAAAAAAAAAAGAAAAAGGAAAAAACCCAACACAGAAAACCAACAACUGAGGGUAAUGUACAAGUUUCUGUAUGUAUAAAGUCAUGCUCUAUUUCGGGAGAGCAGCCGAUCACAAUUUGCUUUAUAAAUCAAGGUGUGGAAAUGGUUACGUAUGGAUUGAUUUAAGAAAAUGGUUACCAGUCUACAGACAAAAAAAAUAUAUACAGGAAAAAAAAAAAAGAAGAAACACAACUUCAAAGAUUUUUCAGUGACAAGAAUCUGCAUUUGUAUUUCAAGAUAAUGUAGUUAAAAAAGAAAAAACUUGAUGUAAAUUCCUCCUUUUCCUCUGGCUUAAUGAAUUUCAUUUAUUCAGUAUAAAAUCUUUAUAUGUUCCACAUGUUAAGAAUAAAUGUACAUUAAAUCUUGUUAAGCACUGUGAUGGGUGUUCUUGAAUAAUGUUCUAGUUGCAGUGUGGGAUAUCGGAAAGCAAACUAAUUACAAGAAAGAGCAAUAAUGAUUAUUCUCUUUCCCCUACUUUAUUAUUAUAACCUUAAAAAAUAUUACGCUAUUGUAUUGCAGCAACUUGCUCUCCUUUUAGAAAAGCCUUCUCGCAGCACAGAGAAGUGUUUUUAAUUCUUAUUUAUAAAACCAUGGAGCCUCAAAGGGGAAGACAUGGCUGGGAAAUGAUAGUUCUGACUAUGCAGGUAUCCAGUCUCCAUGCUGUGUUUGGGGGACUGAAGACGGAUGGUAGAAAAAGUGACAAAAGAUUUUGUUAAAGCAAUAACCAACUUGAAGAAACUGAUCUGUAUUCACUACCUGUAAUUCUCUCUGUUGGUUAAAGGUGCAAAUACCCCAGUGAUGUGGGUAUUUAGAAUAAACACCCACCCACUUCUCGA